AUGGAAGUCAAUGGAUUGGACUACACCUUUACAUUGCUGACUGGCACGCCUACGAUACCGUAUGGAGAAAUUACAGAUUGCAAUGGUGAAGCAUUUCGGAGUCCCUGUCCACAUUUCGCAAGUGCAACCAUCAACACUAAAGGAACAGGGCUGGUUAUUGACCCCUCUUUAACAUGGGAAACUCUUGAUGGCAGUUACCCGGAGAUGAGAGAUUUUAAAAAAUCAACAGAUUCCGAGAUUUCCUUUACCUGUGCAGAAUGGUGUGCAACGUGUGGACCAAAGUCAGGACCCAUUACAUUUCAAGUGUCAAACGAAUUUAGUUAG